UUAAGCGACCCAAUCGUCACAAGUUACAGACAAAGAACUGUUUGGGUUUUUUUCCGCCCAAAUAAUCCCUGCAAGUCUCCACGCGCAGUUCCAGUGGAAAUAAAUGGAUGCCAGAUCACAUCCUCGCUCUCGGGAUGAGCAGGGGGUCCCUGCUGGAGUUGAACAUCGAGACUACAGAACAGCACAUCACAGGUUCUUCGGGCGGGCUGAUCACAGUCCACCUGCUGAGUCUCAGUGGCCAACUGGUGAUGACCUCACACACAGUGGGAGGAAGAACAUAUUGACCAGUUUUCUGGAGAGGAAUGUGCUAAGCCGUGAGGAGAGGUUCUUUUGAUUCUUGUGAUCAAAUAAAACAGACUGGGAGAAUUUUGUUCCUUUCAUUUUUACUACAAUUAUUGUCCUUUAUGCUUGGUAGGCCACGUUACCUCACGUGAGUAUCACUGGGUAAACAUUUACUUAGUUCACGCCUCUGAAAGCGUGCCCUAAAACAAGCGUGACUUUUAGCCAUACCUGCGGGUGCACAAUUAUAACAUCUCUGGGGACCAAGUAAGUAUGUGUGCUGUGUUUCUUCUAAGAUGAAAAACAAUGGCAUUGACCAAAAAUGUCUGGCCUUUGACUAUAAUUGUCAGUUUCUUCUAAGUUCACCAUGGACUUGCUGCAGAACUCCAAUCAGAUCACGUGGGGACUGAACACUCGUUUGAAGGGCUUCCUGGAGCAGGUGAACAGGCUCCAGGAGACCAACCAACAGCUGGAAGCCCAGAUAACUGAAAGAGGCAUGAGAAACACCUCUUGCUCUCAGGACUGGUCCAAACAGGAAGUAGCUGUGAAAGAACUCCGUGCUCAGGUUGGCAAACUACUGUUGGAGAAUGCCCAGUUGGCAUUGCAGUCUGAAAGCAUGAAGUCCAGAGCUGCUGCCAUCCAGGCCAGGUGCGACACGGAAGAACGUAACACCAUGCGUCUGGAGCAACAGGUGGCUGUGCUGAGGGAGUCAAAGAAGAAGACUGAGCAGGGCAGCAUGAUUCUGCAGGCAGACAUUGAUCACUCCAUGGCAGAGCUUCAGGAUAUAAACCAAGAGUAUGAGGUAGCCCGAGCUCUGCAGUUGCAGCGAGUCCCCUCAUGUGAUGCUCUGUUAGCAGCGACCACUGUGGCAGGUAAACAGGAAGACGAUGGAAGAGGGAUGGAGCUCACCAAACUCCUCGACCAAAUCAGAGUUCAGUGCAACCUGAACAGACUUGCCAACCAGAAUGAGAGACACUUCAGUGCAGGCUCAUAUUCACUUCCCAGCUAUACCGGGCCAAGCGAAUCUGAAGCUGGAGCGACAGCAGCAUCAACAACAACACACAGUGGAGCCCUCAUCGAGGAAGCAGCAUGGGCACAGGUUAGCCUUGGCAGCAAUGCACUGAGGGAGGCUCGGGCAGAGUUAGCUGAGGCCCGGAAGCAGUGGCAGUCCCUUCAGGUGGAAAUUGAGACACUGCAUGCCUUGGAAAAAGGCCUGGAGAACUCCUUACAGAAUACCCAGCAGCUGUACUCCAGCCAGCUGCAGGAACUUUCCCAGGUGAUCACUGGGCUGGAGGGUGAACUAGAACAAGUGAGGAAUGGACUCGCCACACAGCGUCAGCGCCACAGCCAGAUGCUCAACACAAAGAUACGACUGGAGCGAGAGAUCUCCACUUAUAGACGACUGCUGGAAAGGGAAGAGGGCAGGUACAUGGUCCACAGUGAGCAGCAGAUGGGUUUGCAGCUCUGGAGAUCGUCUUUGCUGGAACCGAAUGAAAAAGGUCUGGAGAACAGCUUUUGUGAUCCCACGAUCACCCCAGAUGAACCAAAAUCAGAGCCUCUGCCCGAAACAACUUCACUCCUACAAAAAGACAACAAGCCAAAGGAAAGCGACGUACCCCAUCGGCCACAGAGCCUUGUGAUACUCACAGAACCACACGAAGAUAAACAUUUACCAAUCUCCACUGUGAAGACUCAGGAGAUUCUCCAGGGUAACGUAGUGCAAGAGAGUGCAGAGGGCCACGGCACUGUUGAGACCGAAAAGAUUGACAAGGUCAUUAAGCAGUGGGAGAGCUCUUUCUUCAGGGGGAAUCCAAAACUCCGAAAGAAGUCUGUGUCGCUGCGCUUCGACCUGCACAUGGCUGCUGCAGACGAGGGGUGUGCCCGGACUAAACAUGACGGCCUCCCGGACGUUGAGGUGCGUCUCAUCAUGAAAAGAUCUCGCAGCAGUGCAACAAUCACACCCUAAAUUGUGCGAUUAGCCAGUGACUGAAUACUGGAGUCCCUGCCUUAUACUGCUGUCUGACCUUGAUAAAUGUAUAUUGAUUUGUAACCAAAGUUGUCCAAAUACAAUCUUGGAUGACGGUAUUUACCUCCAACUCAAAAUUGACAUGAGGAAAUGAAAGGUCGCAUAUCCCUUAAGACUAUGUAAAUUUUACGUUUGGGUCUAAUUAACAUGUGCACUCAAAAUAUAUAUAUAUAUGCUUUUAGGUAGUAUUAAGUGAGAAAGAAUGAUGUACUGGAAAUUGAGAUUGUGUUAAAUGAUUGUGAUCUUUUAAAGUGUUCCUUUUUAAUUUCAUUGUCUCGUUUGUCCAUAUCGCCGCCGACAUUGCCUUAUUUCGAGAUCAUGUUCAAUUCCUUUUGUUUACAAAUGGCAGUCGAUUGAACCUACUCCUUUCGUUAACAUUAAAUGUUGUGGUGAUUUUAGUUAAGGUGAAACUUGUGACAUGAAUGAUUCUGGGGAGGUCCUUCCUUGUGCAGUUAUUAUUGUCAUAAUCCCCGAAUGUUUGCACAGCUAAACCAUAACGCACUUGCAACAACUAUAAUAAAAUAACAAAGCAGCACUCCUAAUGUGUGUGUGCUGACAGCUGAUAAUUGCAUGCGGAAUUUCAAAGCUCACAAGUGCAAAAGCCCUUUGCUCGGAUAUUGCUAUAUUUAUUCAAAGCCUUAACCCUGGCACAUCCUCACGUCCACCCAUGUGGAGUAAUUAAUUUUGUGGUCCGUGCACAGUACCCGUUUUAGCCAGACAGCGGCAGCAUUUGUACAUAGUGUGCUGUAUGGCGUGCUGUGCAAUACCUGUACUGUAGUACUACAGUAUAUUUUGCCCAAUUGUGCACAUACAACAUAUGCUAUUAUAUAUUUUAAUACAUUGAUUUUUAUUUACAUGUGGUAAAAUAUAAAUACCGUACUGCAUAGUGGCCACUGUGUAUUUAAUUUGCAUUAAUGUCUGGUUCAUGUUUCACGUAUUUCAAAUUAUUGUCGAUGCAGUUGUGCUUGAUUUUACUUUGCCUGAAGAUGCACACGCUCUUCACUCGGAGUAGGCCUACUUCUGUAACAUCCCAAUGAAAUAUUUUGUUUUCAGCUUACAAAUAAAGUGAAUAUGCUGGCUGAUGGUUGCGUUUAACCACAAAGCACUCAGCUAUGUUUA